AUCGUAAUAGUUUAAAAAUUGCAUUAUCUAAUGCACUCAAUUGACUAUUACGAAUGAUUAGUGCAGUAAGACGGUCGAUUAAUAACCGCGAAUUUCCUUGUUGCAAUUUCAUUGUACAUAAUUUCAUAUGAGUUACCAUGAAGAUUAUGUCCGAUACGUUACUGUACCAAAACACUACCACUCAGCAAAUCAAUUCGAAGCGGAAGAUAUCGAGAAAGUGGGCGAUAUCGAUUUUGACCCAUUCGACACCACUGAGACUGGUGGCAGAAGCUUUUUGUACUUUGCGGCCACAAUAGCCAAUUUAACCGCAUUUGUCAGCGGCGUUUCGGUAGGAUGGAGCUCACCCGUCAUACCAAAGUUAAGCGGAGACAUUGAACCGGAAAAUAAUCCGCUACCGGAACCACUGACUCCCAACCAGCAAUCGUGGUUGGGAUCGCUACUGCCAUUGGGAGCCGUCUUCGGACCGGUGAUCGCCGGAUUAAUCGUAGAUCGCAUUGGACGAAAAAAAUCGCUUCUAAUUUCGACAUUACCGUUCAUAGCGGCGUUUAUCAUUGCGAUAUUCAGUCACAAUGUAAACUUGUAUUACGUCAUGCGAGUGCUGUGUGGUUUAGGGCUGGGUGCCGUAUUCACCGUCCUGCCAAUGUACGUUGGGGAAAUAGCGGAGGAUUCGAAUAGAGGCGCGUUGGGUUCCUUUUUGGCCCUGUUUAUGUGUAUGGGAAUUUUAUUUUCGUACUGCGUUGGGCCAUUCGUCCCUCUAACUACAUUUAAUAUAAUUUGCGUGGUCCCACCAAUCGUCUUCUUUCCAAUUUUUUUAGUGUACAUUCCUGACAGUUCCCACUCCCUCAUCGCGCGCAACGACGAAGCCGGAGCCGAAAAAGCCUUGACGAAAUUCCGUCAAAAGUCCAGCCGAGCUGUACACAAUGAAUUAUUAGAAAUCAGGGAUAGCGUCCAGGAGUCAUUGGCGAGUAAAGGGAGAAUUAUAGAUCUCUUCAGAUCAAAAGGACUGAUUCGUGCGCUGAUGAUAUCGCUCGGUUUGGUUUCCUUUCAGCAGCUCUCUGGUAUCAACAUAAUCUUUUUCUACGCGCAAACAAUUUUUUCCUUGGCCGGAUCGUCAGUUCCUGCAGAAAUCUCAACGAUAAUCGUCGGAUGUGUGCAAGUUCUGGCCGGAUUCCUAACUCCCAUGGUCGUUGAAAGGACAGGAAAACGAGCGAUCUUGAUCUUCUCAGCGAUUGGGAUGGGAAUAUCAAUGGCGUUGCUUGGAUUUUACUUCUACGUGCAACACAAUGCAACUAUAACCACCUACUUCUUCUGGUUGCCAAUAUUGAGUCUUAUUUGCUUUAACAUCACGUAUUCCGUCGGUUUCGGACCAUUACCGUGGGCCGUGUUGGGCGAAGUGUUUCCUCCAAACAUGAAAUCGGUGGCCUCGACCAUUACUGCAGCAUUUUGUUGGUUUCUGGCGUUUAUCAUCACGAACAUUUUCGGUACUGUUACCGCAGCAGUCGGGAUUUAUGGUUCAUUUUGGUUGUUUUCCUGCUUUUGUGUAAUUGCCUUCCUAUUUGUUUAUAUGCUUGUUCCCGAAACGUCCAGGAAGACUUUACAAGAGAUUCGAAAGAUACUUGACGGAGCUUAUUUCGUAUAGGUUUUCAGAUCACAUUUGCUGUAUGAAUCAUGAUUGCAAAUAAAAGAACUAAACAAAAAAA